AUGUACUACAAGACUCUUUCUCUGCUCCUCCUCUCGGCUUCUGCUAUGGCUGCCCCUCAGGAGGGCAACAUCGACUCCGACAUCAUCGCUGACCUCGGCUCGCUUGCCUCUCAAACCGACAUCCUCUCUUCAAUCCCCACCGGCAUCGACAUCCCUGACGUCCCCAGCUCCGUCGUCGAGGUCCUCGCUACCGCCAUCCCCAGCACCUGGCUUCAGAACAUCCUGACCAACUCCGCUGCCCAGACUUCUGUCCUCAACGACAUCGAGAGCAGCAAGUAUCCAGACUGGUGGUCCAGUGUCCCCACCGGCGUCCAGAGCUACCUCUGGGACCUCGACAGCAGCCUUAGCGUCUCUGCCACCCCCACCUCCGGCUCGACUGUUACCUCCACCGGUAGCAGCGCUACUACCACCUCUACCUCUACUUCGGACUCUGACGACGACGACAGCUCUGACGACUCCUCGUCGUCUUCGUCCUCGUCGAGCUCUGGCGCUGCUGCCAGCGACACCUCGGAGGGUGCUGCUCCCGCUCAGACCGGCAUGGCUGCCACCGUUGCUGGCGCCGCUGGUAUCCUUGGUCUCGCCCUCGCUCUGUAA